CCACAAUCGUAUUCGACAUGGUGACCACCAAACAGCGGAGAGGGUCGGGGCUAAGAUACUGGCUGCUGCAGGGUGAGCUUUUAGGGGCGCGGAGCAGUGUAUAGUUGCCAGUCGACGGAGGAAGUUUCACGAAGUUGAGAGGGCCAAGCAGGCGACGUCAGCGCUUGAGGCCGUGGUUGCUGUGUCUGCGAUUACUUCUGGGGCCUUUGGCACUCGUGGUUCGGGACCGUAUGAGCAAAAGAAGCAGCAGCGGGUUUCUGUGCGACGUUUUAGAGGGCCCUCACGGUGGUGGUCGUGGGCUUGCAGGUUGGUGUAUGGGGUUGCGAGACGGGCAACCCGCAGAAGCUGAAGGCAUGGACUCGCUUAAUCGGUGCCAAGACGUACUAGCUCGGUUUAGCUGACAAACACAGCUUGCAUUUACUUGCGCG